GCCAACACAGCCGUGAGGAAACAUGUCGACAGGUUACUCUGCAAACCAGUUUGAAAGCGCUUUUAAGUCGCAAAAGCUCCAGAACUGGACCAUCCCAAAACAAUUCAAAGAGAGACCAUCAGCAGCAGAAGGCUACACUACAUUUAUAGCCACAGACCGUGGCCACCUUCUACCUGGUGUACAAACAAAGCAUCGAAGUGCGUGGCCAGCAUUCCAAGGCACAUGGGAUUUACCUCGUCGUAUUCCUCCUGUUUCCAUGAACCCCACUGCUCGCUCACAAGUGGGCCAGGACCGCCUCAGGACCUGGGGGCAGAUGAAAAUCACAACAAAGCAGCCUCACGAGGCCCCUGGGGACAGUCAGGCUAUAAACAGAAGCUCUCAUGAUGUGGAAAACGUGGAUCAGCCUGCUGAACAGUCAAAAAUAUCCAUUGACCCAGAUGAAAAUCAACCAGAGAAGCCUAAAUCACAGCAUAUCCAGGACCAGUCGAGACCAACAAGCCAGCAAGCCCAGCCUAUCCCAGAAAACCUUAAUGAAAACCAGUCUAGGCCAGCAAGUCAACGCAGCCAACAGGCUCCAUCCAGACCAGCCACUCAGCAAAACCAAGCUGAAUUCAGACCACCAACCCAGAACAGCAGACCAGCAUCUCAGGAAAAAUAACACCAAUUAUAAUCAGAUCCCCUGCAAUGGCAGUUAUAAAAGUUCUUCCAUGAAAUGGCAUUACGUAAGUGCAACACUUCUUUGAAAAACACUUUUGCUUCCCCAGAUAUUAUUCUCGCAUUUCCGUUGAUUUAGAACUGUGCUCUCAGAUUGUGCAUAACAUGUGUCAGAACACAUUAACUGAAUUGUUUCAUUGAAGCUAAAGCUGAUUAAUUUAAUGGCUUUUGUAUUGGAUCUGCUUGAAUGAAAUGCUGUCAAUGAAUGAAAUGCAGGGUCAAGUAUUACUAGAAACAAAAUCACACACAAUCUGAAUUGAAUCAUAUUCUGUUUUUUAAAUGAUAAAAACGGCAUAGAUUUGAAAUGUUUUUCUUU